AACAGAGUUCAGGCGACUGCGCGCUGGAAUGUCAACUGAAAGCGAGAGUUGAAUGAAAUUCGUGUCAAAAUAUGUCGAGUCGAGAGUCGAAAGUCGAGAAUCGUCAGAUAGGAGCCGAAUGGUUUGUGACAUUACAACGAGUUCAGGACGCAGUUGUGCGCAGGACUUCAAGCGAGACACACGUCGUUAUUGCCCUCGAAGCAAGGAUUACUACGUAAAAAUUCAAAUCAAGGCACUAUAAGUUAAUAAACAGAAGAAAAAUGCUUAAGUUUCUGGGGAAUAACGUACAUUUGAACUAUGCCAAGGGAUGUGUAUUCAACAUUAUCUGUUGCAUGCUGCUGGCGCUAAUUGCGGACAGCGCUCAAGGACUUCAGCUGAGCGCCUUUACAACGAAAACGCCGAGAGUCUCCAAAUACUCUACCAAGGCGCCAUCAGCAUCCUCGAUGAACCAUGAUGCGACUACUUCGAUUUAUCGCUUUAAUGCCACAAACGGCAUCACCUGCAUUCUGAUGCAGGUGGACGGGUUGAUAAGCAUCCGGUAUCGGAAUAAGCUGAACGAGGAUGUCGAGGCCGAUCUGUAUAUGCCGGACAGUCCGCAGCUAAGCGGUGAAUGCGUCGAAUCCAAUUUCGAAAUAUUGACCAUGGACUUCAAGGGAUUUACGCUGUCGAUGACAUUCAAAAAGUCGUCGGGCGGUGAGGGAUGGUACAUCAACCUCUUUGAGCUGACAUACUCAUCAUCGAAUUCCCUAUUCGAACAUCCCGACCGUCCCAAUUUGAAUGUGAAGCUAACUUCGCCAGCGCAAACGCCCAUGUAUUUUCCAACGCCCGUGGGCAAGUCCUAUCUCUGUGACAAGGAGCAAACGGUCAUUUUGUAUGCCCCCCACGACUCCGGCGACCAGUCCGGGCAUAUUGCACGCCUCUACUUGCGCGACCUGCACAUGCAGAGCUUCAUGUUCAAGGAGAGCGGCAAGUGGGGACCCUCCUUCCACUGUAGUGCCACCGGUUCCUAUCGCGACGAGACGGCACCUCUGGCCGUUGGCACUGCGCUGGCCAUUGCGGUGCUCUUGACCAUUUCAGGCUACGGCGGUUGGCGGUAUUUCAAAGUCAAGAAGGUUCAGUAUGGUUCGAUGGAGUAAACAGAAUAUUGAUGUACCGAAAUUUUUGUUCGUUUUUUAAUUACUUUCAUAUCAAAUCUUUGUACCGUUAUUUGUUGCAUAUCAGUAUUGAGGUAUUUAAAUAAUGAAUAUAAUUACGUUUUCAAACCUAAACGAAAUUGUGAGCCAUGAUCACAAAAUUAUAACUGUUACAAAGGAAUGAACAAACACAUAUUAAAGAAAUACAUAUACAUAAAUAUAUAUGAGAAUUGCAAAUGUCUUCCAUAUAGUUAAUAUAAUUAAAAUGUUAAUUAUUAAACAUAUUAUAAAUACAUUAAUAUGCAUUUUUAAAUAUAUGCGAGUAUAUAUUUACAAAACUAACCAAAAAAAAAGAAGAAGAAACCUAUCUACAUUUAAAACGUUAAAUUCAAAAGCAUUUUGUGUAUUUGCUAGAGGUAAAAAGUUGCCCGAUAUGUAAAAUUCAAUUUUGAAAUAUAUUAAAGUGACAAGAUAAAUUUAAGCACUAGCCAACGAGGCCUAGUAAGAGUUCUCUAGUCGAAAUAGAAAGAUGUCCUGUACCCAAAUGGUAAAUAUAUAUAUAAAAAAAUCACACAUUCAUUCAUAUAUAAGCACAAGCUUCAGCUCUGCUUUUCCCUCAGCCUUGAUCAAUAAAAUUGUUAUUAAAUAAACUGUGCAAUUUUAACAAGAGAUGAGGGUAACAACUUUAUGUGUGCCAAAAAUAUAGAUUAAUCUUUAAAUUCAGACUAAACGACAGCUCGAAUUCCAAGUAAAAGAUUGAGAACAAAGCUUUUGUAGAACCAAAGAUACAUUAACUCUUCUGCAGAGCCAUUGAAUGGGUACAGGGUAUAAUAAUAACUAAUAACUAUUUUUUUCAAGUAACAAAUCAAAUUAAUGUAAUCGCAUUGCAUCUCUAAUACACAUAAGCACAUAUCUAAAAUGAUGUAUUGUCACAUUCGAAUCGUAUCGAUCGUCAAUUUUUAUGUUCAAAAAUCCUCUUCUUUAACUUAUUAACUAAUUCCAUAAUACUCCUCAAAUUCAUUUGAAUUUAUAUGCACCUCUUUUAAU